GCCCGCGGCCCCGGCGUGCGGCGGGCAGGCGAUACCAAGUGUGGGGAAGGGAGGGGUUCUCCGCGAGCGGGACGCCCACUCCGCGCUGUGUCGGCGCACCCCGCCCCGCGGCCACCCCUCCGGUGACUGCGCUGUGAGGGGCGACCUCGGCGCGGGGGCGGGGCCGGCCUUGCGGCGCUGGGCCUUUGAGUGGAAGGCGGGAAAUGGCGGAGGCUUCAGGCCGCGGCGCGGGGAUGAAGGAGAUCUCUCUGCUCUCUUCCAGGAAGCCCUCUGCAUCCGGGCCUGGUACCCCCGGCGGCUCCAGGGCCAGAGGGAAAAGGGCACAAGGUGGGAGAGUAGUGGAGUCCCGCUACCUGCAGUACGAGCGGAAGGCAGCCAGAAAGGCUCCUGCCGCGGACGCUGCUGUCAGAGCUGGCGGGAAGGUGGCGGAGGGCGUGAGGAGAGCCAGCCAGCUGCCCAAGGGCUCAGAUGGCAGUGGUGUGGGCCAGGGCGACCUGCAGUCCACCUUGCUGGAGGGGCACGGCACUGCACCGCCCGACCUGGACCUCUCAGCCAUCAACGACAAAAGCAUGGUCAGGAAGACACCUCAGUUAGAGAAGACGCUGUCACGGAAGCCUAAGGCGACAUCCUUCACGGCCCCGCCGAGGAAGAGCCCGGACUCCCUGGAGGUGGUGGAGGUGGUGGUGUCCCAGACGUUACUGCUGACCCUGCUGACGGUGCAGAUGGAGAACGGGCUGGCACGGCUGGAGGAGAAGGCGGAACGGAGCCUGCUCGCCAUGUGCCGGGAGCAGGCCCGGCUGCAGCAGAAGGCCCACGAGCUGAGGCGCGAGCUGCUGCUCCGGCAGAGGCGCCGGGAGCUGGGAGGCAUACUGGACGCCCAGGUGGAGACACUGCGCCCCUUUGAGGCGGUGGCUGGGCGCUUCCAGGAGCGGUACAGGACGCUGGCCACAGCCCUGGACACCACCCGGCACGAGCUGCCCGUGAGCGCCAUCCACCUGGAACGCGACGGCCGGCAGCUGCUCGGUAGGGUGAAGGCCGCUCACAUGCCCUGGAGCCCGGGCGGGCGGCCUGCAAGCCGAGCUGACAACCACCCAGCGCCUUCUGGCUGAGCUGGGCCUGGGCGACAGCGAGGAGCAUGGGCAGGUGCUGGCCCUGUUGGCCGAGCUCAGGGACGUGACCACGCAGAAGGACCACGAGCUCCGGAG